AUGUCAGCGACCGCAGACAAAGCCCGCUACUUCCUCGAACAGUCAGUCCCCGAACUCAAAGAGCUAGAGCGCAAGAAAAUCUUCACACCCACCGAAAUAACAGCCAUUGCCAGAAAGCGCUCAGAUUUCGAGCACAAAGUAAAUGCACGAGGAUCUUCACCUACCGAUUUCGCCCAGUAUGCCGAGUUCGAGAUCAACGUCGACCAAUUAAGGAAGAAACGUGUAAAGAGAUUGGGAAUUCGAGCGACCAUCCACAAUGGACAGAGACGCAUAUUUUUCGUCUUUGAUCGUGGAAUGAGGAAGUUUCCCGGAGAUCUAAGAUUGUGGAUGCAGGCAAUCGAGUAUGCCAGGAGCCAACAAGCGCGCAAGAAGGUCACACAGAUGCUCACGAAUUUGCUGCGAUUGCAUCCUAGCAAGGCCGAAAUCUGGAUUUACGCUGCACAGUUUGCGCUUGAUGAGAAUGGCGAUAUGACCGAGGCAAGAGGAUAUAUGCAGAGAGGAUUACGGUUUUGCAAGAACUCCAAGGAUUUGUGGUUGCAGAACUUCAGACUAGAGAUCACUUGGAUUGCUAAGAUACACGCCAGAAGGCGUAUCCUGGGUGUUGAGAAGAAUGCUAUGAAGGAGGAGGAGAUUAAAGUCACUGGAGAUGACAACAUGAUGAUGCUGCCCAAGUUGACUGCUCAGGAUAUUGCGCCAGAGAGUGAGCAGAUGGAUAAGGUCGACGUGACUGCACUGGACAAUCUAGAAGCGACGCCUGUCCUAAGUGGUGCCAUUCCUAUCGCCAUUCUCGACGCGGCCUGCAAGCAAUUACCUGGAGAUGUCGACUUUGCAUUCAAAUUCUUCGAGGAGGCUUCGUCGUCCUAUAACCUACCAGCUAUUGUCACAAUCCGAACCCACAUCGACCAAGUACUCCAAGAAAUGGACGCUCAAGCUUGGCAGUCUUGCGCUAGUCGAAAUAUCUCAUUCGACGACCAUAGGUUUCCUUCAGCACUUCGCGAAGCUCUUGCAAACAUGAAUCAAGGUUUAGCUAGGACUAAACAGCGAGAAGCGCUGAAAGACUGGUGUCGGGGUUAUCUGGAGGCUUGGGAGCAGGCUGAUAUGGACCCAGCAUUGCUGAUGGUGCUGCAGUCGAAGCUGCAAUCUUUAGCAUAA